GGGCAUACGAAGGCAUCGACCUCUAGGGACGGCAUGCCGAUACUAUGCGGGCAAUUAUCACCUUGUCGUCUUCGGGUGCUUGAAGGUGCGUAGUCCUGAUGGCGUCGCGAAGAAUAUGGAUAAGGAAGACACCUCGUACUUGCGAGCACUUAAUUUUUUGUUCGCGAGCCACACAAGCGAAAGCUAGGACGUCAGGCCACUUUCGGCCACCGAAAUACGACGGAGCUAAACGACCCCCUUGAACUUGUAGCCGUCGACGAACGCCUGCAGGAUUGUCCCAGUGGAAGGGCUGCUCCAGAGCGCGAAGGAAACAUAAUGCUGGCGAGAUAGCCACCAUGUUCGAGAGCCCAUUUGACGAUAGGAGCCCCCGCAGCGGCCUAUCUCGUUGAAUUAUUCACGCCAGACGUCAAUGGGAGAGGACGCGGUGACUUGGGUGAUCCUGGAUGAUACCGCGUGAAGCGUGAGUACUCGGACAACGACCCUAGCUGAGCUCGACAACAGAGAGCCGCCACCAGAAAUGGCGGAGAAGAAACGAGAAUUUGAUGGUCGCAUUGGAACACCGGUACGUGGAUGUGACACAGAGUGAAAAGCAGUACAGCAAUAGCCAUCACCCUGGGGUUUCAUUCCUUGUGCAUGGUAGACUGCACGGCUCUUGCCUGUGCCUGUGGCGGAGUAAACCAAGUGACAUCUCGGAAAGACCUCUCCAUCUUCAUCCGAUCUGACACGAUGGCCGCUGCUGGAGACAUCGACAUCGACAUGACAUUGACAGCUCGAAAUUGUUCUGCUGCGCAAGGCAGAAGCGCAAUGGACGACGACUUCAGAUCAGAGUUCAAAGUUCACCGAAGCAGCGCGAGAAGAUUUGGAGCAAGUAGUUCGCAUCCCAGGCGAAUACAGCAACACAGGACAGCAAUAAGUCGCAGACGACCAAGUGCGCUGCUCGCUAUUGGACGCUGGAGCAGUGCAUGGAUGCCACUACUCCUUUUACUAGCUGGUUACCUGCUGUUACCAGUGCAGUCGGAUGCUAGUGCACAUACAGUAUCGUCUUUGCCAGGCAUGCGCCCGGAAUUAUACACGGAGGAUGUAGACAGCACGGUGGAUGGAAUGCAUUUCGAGGAUGCCAGCGAGCGGGAGGACUCGGACAGUGCCGAUGGCAGCAACAGCGAUGGUGAUAGUGAUAAUGGGAGCGGCGGAACUGUGGUAAAGGAGCAAGUGAUAUCAAACGGUGGUGGCACGUUGGAUCGCAAAUACCCCGGCGCUGUACAUACUAACAUGCCACCGCCUUCCACUGCAUCGCCGAUCGAAAGGCCGUGUAGGCCUGAUGUGACGCAGGACAGCAUUGUCAAGCUGCUCACGGAUACACCACGAGCCGUGGCUGAUCAAUUCAUCACUACGGUGUCAUCGCAGCUCCUCAGCGACACGGCUUCGUCUCGUGUCACAUUCCGCUAUCACAUGAACGAGUUACAAGCAUUCAGCAUGAUAGCCAGUGAAUGCUUCACAGCUGCGUUGCGUGCCGAUGCUCUUGUUGACUUCAUCGAGCCUAAUGACAUUGUCCCAUUGAUCCAGUCUCUUGUCAACGAGGCCAGGCUAGCAUCGUUUCCAUCCUUUUUCCUGCGCCAGCCUCGCUUGCCACCCUUCUACGUGUCGCAGCUCCGCGGGCUUGGCAAGAAGCGGAAACGGAGAGGUGCUGCCACUCAGCGCCGCUCACACGGUGCUGGUCAUCGCUUGAGAGCACGUCAGAGCAGUCAGACUUGUGCCCGCGACACCAACGUCCAGGAUCCUCUUGCUAGGAUCAAUUUCCGACAGCUUACUGAUGCCCGCGACCGGCCCAUAUAUGACUAUGAAGAAAAUGCUGGUCAAGGAGUGGUGGCCUACGUAGUUGACACAGGUGUGUUUGGAGACAGUACGGACUUCACCCCAGGAAGCGUUGAGAGGGGUGUGGAUGCAGCGAGUGUCGGUGGAGAUCCGUUCGUGGAUUCGGUCGGCCAUGGUACCCACGUAGCAGGUAUCAUUGGGAGCCGUCCGUUUGGUGUAGCCAAGUCAGUGACCAUGGUAGCAGUCAAGGUGUUCAAUGACACGGAUCAGACAACAGAUGCAUCUGUGAUUGCUGGUCUCAACUACAUAUUUGAUGAUGUCAUGCGACGCCAGCAACCAUCCGUAAUCAACUUGUCACUGGGAGCGCGGGGCAAUGGAACACACCGCGUUCUCAACAUGGCCGUUGAAUGCCUCAUCAAAGCCGGUGUUGUUGUGGUCGCCGCAGCCGGGAAUGAGAACGAAGACGCCUGCCAGUCAUCACCAGCUCUUCUGGCCAAUGUAAUAACUGUGGGAAACGUGGACAACAACGAUGUGAGGCAUGCAAACAGUAGCUUUGGUUCAUGUGUGGACAUAUUUGCACCGGGUGUGAACAGUGUGUCCACUGGCCGAUUGGCUGGAUCAUUUCGACUUAGGAAUGGUACAUCGGUGUCAGCUGCAUUUGUGUCUGGAGUGGUGGCACGGCUCUUGGCAAUAUGCCCCUCUGCUAGUCCAUCACAGGUCAAGGACUUCCUGUUGAAGAGCUCCACCAAGAAUGUCCUGUUCAGCUUGCGAGGCUCGCCGAAUCGGCUCUUGUUCAUCGAGUGUACCGACCAGUUGCGGACGUGCCAGGACCUGGGUGUGUCUGCAACAUCGCCGUAGUCGUCGUCGUCAGGUCCUGGCUGGCUAUUGCACAGUACCCAGCCUUAGAGACACACAGCAGGAUCGGAUAAGGACGCAAGGCAUGUACCAACACCUCUCUCCCUCUCCCUCAGUUUAGAAACCCAGCUUGAGUCCAAUUCACUCGAGUGUGGCACCCCCCCCCCCCCCCCAACAUGCCAAUCGCACGCAGCAUGUGUCUUGAAACGCUCCAUCGGCGAAUGUGCAGUAUUUGAAUGGCACGCCCGUUGUCCGCUUCACCUGCGUAUACCUCGACAGGCCCACUGGCAGCAGUCUUAGCGUGUUUUUACACAAAAUUAUGAUGGCAUCACAAUAAUAAUGUGACAGCGGUGCAAGCCAUCAAUGAUGUAGCGGUUGAGGUGGCGGUCCUUGCGGGUCUCACAGUCAAACAAUGAUGACGUCACCAAUCACACACAUUCAUUGAAAUGAUAUGUUUGUUCACAAUACAUUUAUUCAGGAUGUCAUACUUUGAAAAUGCAUUUUGUUCAUGAUGUCAUCCAGUGGAAAGACAUUUUGUCCAUGGUGUCAUCCCUUCCAGAGACACAACCGGCAUUGUAUAGAUGAUGUCAUCCAUUGCUGACACUCCCCCGCAGCAGACGCAUAGAUCUGCUCUGAUAUUUCAGUCCAUCACAUUAAUAUAUUCACUCCCACAACAGCAUAAAUAUAAUUGAUAAUACAGUCGUGUUUAUACUUUUACUUUAUACUCCAUGCUGUAGCGACAGGCAGAAACCCUUCAGAUCAUCAUUACCACGAACUUGCGGAUGACAAAGACAGCAUAUUUUCACUACAAGUCUGCAUUUACUUCAGCUGCUGUCAAAUUCGAUAUUAUCUGCUGCAUUUACAAAUAUCUUUUAUCCAAAGCGGCAAUACCUAUUUUAUGUAUAUGUACUGCAAAUAAUUGAUCUCAGGAGCUGAUAGAGUGAGACAGCCUGGAGGGUCUUCAAUUGCUAUGUAUUUAUCUCUCUAACUUCGUACCACUGAUGAUAUUUGGCCAUGUUAACAGUAACUUCUAGCAGCAUCCCACUGAUCUUUUCCUUGUUCAUUAUAUCAUUGAUGCCUUCCGCUUCAAACCAGCAACUACAUACGGUAUUACCCAUGCACAUGUCACUGUGUGCUCUCAAAUGCCUCUUCAAUGAUCCAGACAGCUCAGAUGCGACCAACUCUCCAUGGGUACCGCCAGCCCUGGUGGUCUUUCCCAGCA